UCUCGAGGGUGACAAAAAGGAAGUUUAAUGAACUGACUUUUUAGUUGCCAGAUACACCGCGUACAGUGAAAUAUCUCCUGCAAAUUCAUACCCACUCUAACUUUGUACAUCCGUUCUCCCUUCCGCUUCAAUACCUUUUUUUCUCUCUCUCCUUCCGUUUAAGUGCCAAAAAGACAAUCAUCUCAGUGACUUUCACAACGUGCCUGUGUGAUGAGUGUAAUUCCAGGCAGUUUUAUCCUUAAUUGGUUAAUUUACAUAGAAUAUUCUCAACUGCGGAAAUCCUUUCCAAUUAGUGCCGCAAAACUUUUGUCAUCGUAAUUCUUUUACACUCCUGCAAAAAAACCCAAAGGAGCGGUAAAAAAGAAAAAGAAUUAUCCACGCAGAAAGCUCAAAAGAAGAAAAAACUUCCUUCUCACUAGCAGAGUCGUUUUCUCCUAAUACUAGAAUUUUCCCGCAUCUUCACCGUAGGUGGGCUGUAGUAAAUGCGAAAAAUUUUCACCGCACACGAAGGGCAAAAGAAAAGACGGGGGUGAAGGACACGUGGGCACCGUGUGUGAAAUUGGACGAUCUGGAUCGGCACACUCACCAGAGAAAACUGUCGUAGUUAAUUGGGACUCUGGCCAUCGGACCAAUUACCGAGUUGGCUAUCAGGGUCAAUAUGAUUUAAUUAUCGUAGAUAAUGCACAAAUUGGUGUUAAACAUCCCAACAUUAUCUGCGAUGGAUGCUCAAAAGUUGGAAUAGCCGGAAUCAGAUUUCGAUGUGCUCAGUGCUCGAAUUUUGAUUUAUGCUCUGCAUGCUAUGGCAGUGAUAUUCACGAUUUGGAUCAUUCAUUCAUCAGAUACCAGACAAGCAAUUCAGUCGGCGUCCGAUUGCCACCACGUGAGAAUUCUGUGAAGAUUGAGCUAAAGGGUAUUUUCGUGGGGGCAAAGGUUGUACGUGGGGCUGACUGGGAGUGGGGUCAGCAAGAUGGCGGUGAAGGGAAGACGGGACGUGUAAUGGAGAUUCGCGGUUGGGACAAUGAAUCGUGUCGGAGUGUAGCAAAUGUCUCAUGGGUAUCGGGCUCCAUAAAUGUUUACCGUCUGGGGCAUCAGGGGAAUGUGGAUUUGAAAUAUUUGCAACCAGCUAGUGGGGGUUGGUACUACCGAGAUCACAUGCCGGUUUUGGGGCAGAUGGAUGAGCAACAGCCCGCGGCUGUACCUGCAGCCACGACAACUUUCUCCGUGGGCGAUCGCGUAAAAAUCUUCACUGAACUGGAGACACUAAAGAAACUACAAAAAGGACAUGGAGGAUGGAAUCCACGAAUGGCGCACUUUGUAUCCAAAAUUGGGAUAGUUCACAGAGUAACAGAUAAAGGGGAUAUACGUGUUCAAUACGAUGGCUGUACAAAUCGAUGGACAAUCCAUCCGGCGGCCCUUGUGAAAGUAUAUGUAUAUAACGUCGGUGAUUUAGUUACGAUAAUUAAUGACAUGGCCAAAGUGAAGCAAUUGCAGAAGGGUCACGGCGAAUGGAUUGAUACGAUGAAGCACGCACUCGGGAAGACGGGAAAGGUGAUUAAGGUGUACGAUGAUGGGGAUUUGCGUAUUCAAGAACUUGACAAUGGUCUCACGUGGACGCUGAAUCCAAAGUGCGUACGUCUUGAGCGAUCCAGUGGGGUGAAUGUGGCCGAAAGAUCGAAUAGCAUGAUGGAUUUGAGUCAUCAGCGAAUUGAUCACGUCAUGCUACCACUAUCAGGUCUUUCGGGUUCUUCAGCAGCUGAUAGAUUAGUACGAGAUGCAGCACAGGGAAAGUUGGAAAGUGUUCAGUUCUAUCUCAACAAUCACCCAGAGCAAGUGGACGUGAUGUCGGGCGGGAAGACGUGCCUGCAAGUGGCUGCACACCAGGGCCACAUAAAUCUCGUGCGCUACCUACUCUCCGUGGGCGCCAACGUGAAUAUGGUGGACAAGGAGGGUGAUUCUACGCUCCAUUAUGCUGCUUUUGGCAAUCAGCCCGAAGUAAUGCGCGUCCUUUUGGAUCAUGGUGCUGACAUCAAUAUCCUAAAUGUCACACAUUGCUCCGCACUUCACAUUUCUGCCCACAAAAAGCCACCGCAUUGUGUUAAGGUUUUAUUGGAAUUUGGAGCUGAUGUGAAUAUACAGGAUUCUUAUGGUGACACUGCCCUUCAUGAUGCAAUCGGAAAGGAGAACUCCGAGGUCGUGGACCUGCUGUGCAAUGCCCAGAAUCUCAAUUUGAACAUCCGGAAUAAGAGAGGUUUCAAUGCACUUCACCAUGCUGCACUCAAGGGCAAUUCACACGGUAUCUUGAGGAUUUUGCAGCUGGUACGCCAAACAAGUGUUCAAGCUAUGGUGGAUUUGGUGAAUCUGAAGAAGGAGGAUGGUUUUGCACCACUACACCUUGCGGCACUCAAUGGGCAUGCAAAAGUCGUGGAAGUGCUGGUGAAGGAUGGUCAGGCCCACAUUGAUAUUCGCAAUAAUCGACGUCAGACACCAUUCUUGCUGGCCGUGUCGCAGGGUCAUGCAGCUGCCAUUGAGACCCUCAUUGAUUUGGGCUGUGACAUCCUGGCCAAGGAUGAGGAUGGCGAUAAUGCCAUGCAUCUGUGCAUAAUUAAGAAAUCAAAUCUCAUUCAGGAUGUACCACAGCUGGAAGCACCAAAAAUGUGGGACAUUUACCUUGAAUUGAGUCACAUCACGGAGAAUAGACUCAUGUACACAAUUCUGUGCUUCCUGGCAAAGAUGGGAUGUCGCAGUGAGCCAAACUACAAAGGCACACAUUUUUUCGAUUGGAUCACAGACAAGAAUAUGCGUGAUUUAAUUGUGGGCUAUGAAGUACAGCGACGACCUCUUCCCAUUCCAGCUGAGAGGAAUCUUGCUGGAAGUUCAGAUGCCAAUCCCGAUCAGGUGUACUCAAAUAUGUCUCAAGCACUCACCACGAGUGGAGGUGCCACAGACAACAGCCAAUGCAGCAACGAUCAGGUGGUGAGUGAGUCUUCUAGUCAAUCAACGGGUGUGGAUGUAGAUCCCACAAGUGGGCCUCCGAGUACACCAGCUCGUCGUCAUCGAGCCGGGAAUCGUGACACUUCGACACCGAGUCCACAGCUUGCGGCUCAGCCAGAGGGUGAGGAAGUUCCACCGGCACAUGGUGUACCCAAGAGAAAUAAUACAGAUGCCCGAAGUACGCCACCAUUACCCCCGCCGAAUCGCUUUAGAACCGUGUCACCACCUGUGGUGCAUGACUUGCCCGGGGCAUCUAACAAUCUAUCAGCUGCUGGGAGUGCAGAGCCGAGUGUUGGUACUGCAUUCCAUAGCAAUCUCACUGUUGGUGAACCUGGUCGCGCCUCGGCGGCAUCCCCCAGUCGUAUGCCACCGAAUGCAUCGACAUCCGGGCGCCAUGUCAGCAGGAAGCAGCUGAAUAAUGCAGCACCAGCACUCAAUGUGGCACCCGCACCACAUACAGCCCAACCGCAGGAAUGUAUUGUGUGCAACGAGGUGACGCCGCUCAUUAUUUUUGAUCCAUGUUCGCAUCAGAUUUCAUGCGAAGACUGCGGAAUGCGCAUGAAGAAGUGCUUAUCAUGUGGCAUUCUCAUUGAGCGACGCGUGACAUUCAGUGGGAAGUUUGUCACAACCAAAGAUGCCAUAAGGCAACCGUCGGCUGAUAGAUUGAGGUACCUGGAGAGUAAGAUUCUCGAAAUCGAGGAGACGCACUGCUGCAGCAUCUGCAUGGAGAGGAGGCGCAAUGUUGCUUUUCUCUGUGGCCAUGGUGCGUGUUCAAAAUGCGCUGAUACACUCAAAACGUGCCACAUGUGUCGCAAGACCAUUGUCAAGAAGAUUAAUCUGUACUGAACACCUUCUACCCCAAACAUCCCUACAUACUUUUUACCAAACCGCCACACCUAUACAAUCCCAAGGAUUUUCCCUACAAUCUGCAAUGUAAAAGAUUUUCUCCUGAACAACUUCUUCAUGUGUUUACCCAAAAAACGACUUAGUGGUAAGUUAUUUAACAUUUCUUAAAAAAAAAACAAACAUAAAUUUCAUUUAAAAGCAAAAGCAAAGAUUUAUAAAUAAAUUGUAAGGACUUUUUUGAAUUACCUCCAAGGAAUCAGAGUGAAAUGAAAUAACUUUUUUUAAUCAUCAAAUUUAAAUAUAAUUCGAUGUUUCAACCCACUGCCGUGUUGUGAAAAAAAAAGAACAUUUUUUAUGAUAAAAAAAUCUUUCUUUUACUUAUUUAUUAAAAAAAUAUAUAUAAAAAACUUUGCAAAAUCUAAAUACAUCACAAAGAAAAUAUUGUAAAAUGAAAGAGGACUUCUAAAAAAAGAUAUAAUAAAUAUAAUUUUUUGUAUCCAUAUUGUGGUGAAAUAAAUACAAAAGAAAGAAA